AUGAAUCUGAAGCAUCCAGGAGUCGGUGAUACAGGACUAUUGUUAGAUGUGUCGAAACUACCCAAAGAAGAAGCCGAGAAGUUCCAGAGGAGUUUGGAGCAGAGGGAGUACUCCAGUUAUACCAGUAGUCUCAUACCUCUCCAGAGAUCUCUGCCUGAUAUCCGUCUUAAAGGAUGUCACUCGUUGUACACAGACCUCAGUCUCCCUGAAACCAGUGUGAUCAUUAUCUUCUACAACGAGCACUGGUCAGUCGUGUUACGGACUAUCCACAGCAUCAUGGACAACACUCCACCUCAUCUCAUCAAGGAGGUCAUCUUAGUGGACGAUGCGUCCACAGACAAGGUUCUGAAGGAACCGUUAGAGGAAUAUGUCUCCCGAUUCAGGAAAGUGCAGCUACUGCGAGCUGAGUCCAGGCAGGGUUUGAUAAGAGCCCGGAUGAUAGGCUUUCAACAGUCUACUGCUCCAGUAGCAGUGUUCAUGGACGCACACUGUGAAUGUUUUCCUGGCUGGCUGGAACCACUGGUGACAAGGAUUGCCGAAAAUCAGAGUAUAAUAACUACCCCUACCCUUCACUCAUUAGAUUCUAGAAGCUUCAAAAUCGUCAAAAUCCACGAAUGGGGGAAGCGAAAGAGUCUUUUAAUACCCACUCUAACCUUCCCAAAUCUUUUCUUCGCCUGGUCCUCCAUGUCAGAAGAGGAGUGGAAGAAGAGAAACACGGGAGACUGA